AUGGCGGACGUCAAAUCGGCAGGACUUCUGCUGUUCUGCACGGCCGGGAUCUAUGGCGCCUACCUGACCCAGGGCCUGGUCUCCGAGCACCUGCAGAUGAAGCGAUAUGGGGCCAGCCAGGAGCGCUUUGGCAAUUUAGAAGCUCUCAAUGGCGCACAAAGCCUCAUGUGCUUUCUAUGGGCCUAUGUUCUUGUCGCGCUGCAGCGACGCACGGGCCGUGGCGUCAAGGCAGCGGAGGGCGAUGCAGCGCUGCCGUCUUGGUGGGAGUACUGGCGGCCAGCGCUAACCAAUGCGAUUGGGCCUGCGUUUGGCAUGGUAGCUCUCAAGAAUAUCAGCUAUCCGGCCCAGGUGCUGGCCAAGUCCACCAAGAUGGUCCCCGUCAUGGUCGUCGGCACGCUGCUGCACCGCAAGCGCUACAGCGGCUUCGAGUACCUCUGCAUGAGCCUCAUCGGCGUCGGGGUCGGCCUGUUCGCGCGGCGCAGCAGCAGCAAGGUGACCACAAAGCUCGCCGCGCCGAACGCCCCCCUGGGCUACACCCUGUGUUUCCUGAACCUCUUCCUGGACGGCUACACCAACGCAGCCCAGGACGAGAUAAACCACCGCCACCCGGGCAACUCGCCGAUACACAUGAUGUGCUGGAUGAACUUCUGGUGCGCCCUCUACUACGGCGCCUACCUCGCAGUGUCGGGCGUCGGCGCCGGCCUCGCCGCGUUCUGCGCGCGCCACCCCGACGCGACGCGCGACAUCCUGCUCUUCUGCGUCUGCGGCGCGGUGGGGCAGCUCUUCAUAUUCUUUACCAUCAAGCGGUUCGGUUCGCUGGUCAACACCCUCAUCUGCACCACCCGCAAGUUUUUCAACAUCCUCUUCAGCGUGCUGCUGGUCGGCAACCCCCUGCUGCCCGCGCAGUGGGUGGCGGUCGCGCUCGUGUUCGGGGGCCUCAUCGCCAGCAGCCUGUCCAAGGCGCACGGCGGCAAGGGCGGGGGUGGCAAGGGCGGCAAGGGGCACUAG